AUGGCUGCUGAACGUAUUGCUAGCAGGGACGAUGACGAUCUCCAACUAGAUUACACCGACUUGGAGCGCAAGUAUGCCGUCAAGGACUUUGGUCUUGAGAACUUCAUUGUUAUCGACAAUAUCCCAGCCAAGGUCCCUGAGUCCAAGCUUCCCAAGCUGACCAAGGUCUUGGGCAAGCUCUUUGGCGAAGCUGGCCCCAUCAAGUCUGAUGGCCUCAAUGUUCCUCUUGAGGGUGGUGCAACCGCCGGCUACGCCUUUGUAGAGUACGAGACCCCUGAGGCUGCCGCAAACGCCAUCAAGAUUCUCAAUGGCAAGAGAUUGGAUGCCAAGCACAUGUUUGUUGUCAACAAGCUGUCAGACAUUGAGCGCUACGCCACCGACUCGUCUAUUACCGACACUUACAACGAGCCCGAGAAGACGGAAUUCAAGCCCCGUGAGCAUCUUCGCAGCUGGCUCACCGACGCCACGGGCCGCGACCAGCUCUUUAUCCACGUCAAGGACGUCAUCAAUGUUUUUUGGUACAAGAGAACCGAGUCUCCUAAGAUUACUGGCAAGAUUGAACGUGUUGAUCUGCCUGCCAAGUGGUCUCCCAAGGGUACUUACCUUGCCACCAGCUACAGCUUUGGCAUCCAGCUUAAUGGUGGUCCCUCUUUUGGCACCCUUGCUCAGUUUUUCCACUUCAAUGCUACCUUUUUUGACUUUUCGCCAAAUGAACGAUACCUUGUUACCUUUUCUAAAGUCCCCAUUGGCGACUCGCGCGAAAACGACCCGGAAAACCCCAAGACCCCCUUUGGUGAAAAGGACCGCGGCAAUCAAAUCGUCAUUUGGGAUAUUCUUACCCAGCUUCCCCUCAGAUCGUUCCGUCACCAUGCAAGCGAGAACACAGCUAUUUGGCCCAUUUUCAAGUGGUCCUCCGACAGCAAAUACUUUGCCCGUAUCAUUUCUGACCAGCUGGCCAUUUACGAGACCCCCUCCAUGUCUCUUUUGGACAAGAAGAGUGUCAGCAUUCCUGGCAUUGUUGACUUUAGCUUUGCUCCUACCAGUGUCACUCUUAAGGGCCGCAACCUUAUUCCUGGUGCCCCCAUUGACCCUAACAAGAAGGGUGACCAGGUCCUGUGUUACUGGACCCCUGAAAUCAACAACCAGGCUGCUCGUGUGAGCAUCAUGACUGUUCCCUCUAAGGAGGUGAUUAGAACCAGAAACUUGUUUAGCGUUGCUGACUGCCGAUUCCACUGGCAGGAUGAGAGUCAAUACUUGUGUGUCAAGGUUGACAGAUAUACCCGUAACAAGAAGCAAACUUUUACCAAUCUUGAGUUUUUCCGCAUGACUGAGCGUGACAUUCCUCUUGAGAACAUUGAGCUUAAGGAUACCGUUGUCAACUUUGCCUGGGAGCCCAAGGGCAACAAGUUUAUUACUAUUUCCAGAACAGACAACUCUGUUGCUAGCCAGACUGAAGGCGGGUCAGGCAACACAUCUGGCCUCAACAACUUGGCCUUUUAUGGUCUGGAUGAGAAGAAGAAGGUUACUUCUAGCAGCUGGAAGCUUUUGAAGCUUUUUGAGAAGCGCAAUACUAACUCCAUUUUCUGGUCACCCAAGGGCCAGUUUGCUGCCACCUCUAACUUUGGGCCCAAUGUUAGCACACCUGUUGUUGAGUUUUGGGAUACUGAUUUCCAUACUGAAAAGCGUGAGGGCAUUGUUGACAAUAGCAAUGGUAUUAACAACAUUGGAUCUUACGAGCAAUAUGGUCUGGUGAACCUUGAAUGGGACCCAUCUGGCCGAUUUGUUGCUGCUUGGUCCAACAAGACCCAGAGCAGCAACUAUAAGAUUAUCAACUUUUUCGGUGAGGAGAUUCAUGAGAAGAAUUUGGAUCAUCUGCGUGUUGUUUCAUGGAGACCUAGACCACAGAGCCUGCUGACGGAGGAAGAGGUUUCCAAGACUAUUAAGAAUCUUGACAAGUAUAGUGCUCAAUUUGAUGAGGAGGAUGCCAUGGAUGCUGAUGCUGCUACCAAGGAGCUUAUUACCAAGCGUCGUGCACAGUUCAAGCAAUGGAAGGAAUUCCGAGAGAGAGCUGUGGCCAAGUUACGAGGCCUUGGUCUUGUCCCCGAGGAGGAUUUGGUUAAGCAGAAUGCCGAUGAUGGUGAGCUUAUUGAGGAGACCUUUGAGGAGAUUAUUGAGGAGUCUGUUGAAGUUGUUGAGUAA